AGCGACUUCGUUUUCCGUAGUCCCGCUUUCGCGUUUAACUUGGCGUGGAAGUGGACAAGAAGAAUAGUCAGCUAAGUUCGCCGUUCCGAGGAGAUGGCGGACGCCUGCAUCAGAACCGUCGUCGAAGCCAUCCACUCUUCCCCCACUCAGGCCGUCCUCUACUUCUCCGGCGGCGCUUCUCUGGCCUUAGGUUGGUUAAUUUCAGUUCCCGGAGCUUCAAAUACGGUACUCGAAUCCGUCGUCCCAUACUCCAGAAUGUCCAUGAUCCAAUUACUCGGCAAGGUUCCCGCCAAAUAUUGUAGUCUACAAACUGCCGAGGAAAUGGCUUUGUUGGCUUAUAAUCGUGCGCUUAAACUCUCUACGCCAGGUCAUCCAGUGCUUGGAGUAGGCCUCACUGGUUCUUUGGCAUCAACACGCCCGAAACUAGGUGACCACAGGUUUCACUUAUCAACAAGAACAUCUGACAGAUAUUGGGCGUCUACAGUCACCCUGUCAAAGGGCUUGAGGACUCGAGAGCAAGAAGAAAAGGUUUCAAGUUGUCUCUUGCUGAAGGCAAUUGCAAUUGCAUGCAAGGUUCCUGCAACAUUUGAUUCUGAGUUGGUUGAAUCUGAAGUUCCAGAUGAAUGUGAAAGGCUAUUCAGUGAAGAUGAGCAAUUGGAGCAACUCAUAAAUGGACAAAUUUGCUUUAAAGUUUAUCCAUUUUCAAGUGAUACGUCAAAUGAAGAUAGGAAGAUUAUACUACCUGGUUCCUUUAAUCCGCUACAUGAUGGUCACCUCAAGCUUCUGGAAGUUGCUACUAGUAUUUGUGGCAGUGGGUAUCCAUGCUUUGAAUUAUCUGCAGUCAAUGCUGACAAACCUCCAUUGUCAGUGUCACAAAUCAAAGAUCGUGUCAACCAGUUUGAAAAAGUUGGGAAGUCGGUAAUAAUUUCCAAUCAGCCAUUUUUUUAUAAGAAAGCUGAGCUUUUUCCAGGCAGUGCUUUUAUAAUUGGCGCAGACACUUUAGCAAGGCUUAUCAAUCCAAAAUACUAUGAUGGGGACUACAAUAAGAUGGUGCAGAUACUUACUGGAUGCAAAAAUACAGGGUGCACUUUCCUUGUGGGUGGUCGCAAUGUAGAUGGUGUCUUUAAGGUUCUUGAGGACUUUGACAUCCCAGAAGUGUUAAGAGACAUGUUUGUCUCAAUACCAGCAGAUAAGUUCCGCAUGGAUAUAUCCUCCACCGAAAUAAGGAAGAGGAGUGGAAUGUAAAUCUCACACCCAUAGCAGAAAAUAAACACCACAUAAAUUCUUGUAAUGUUGACGAAGUAUGACAAACAGGGCUUCUUUUUCCCCUUUAAAAAAAAAAAAUUAUAUAUCAUUCAUGUAUGCAUAGAUCUUCUGACUUGACUUGGGCUAUGGAAAAAAAAAAUAAAAGAGAGAGAGAGAGAAUAAUUAUCAUUGUAUGUG